AUGCUGCGGGAGCACACGGGAAUGCCUUCACGGGGAGGGCAGAUUUAUCAUUCCAAGAUGCUUCCUCCUAUACGGUGGCCCUUCUACCUGUCAAGCUGUUGUUUCUACCCAGCAAUCAAAACUGCUAAAGCUCAGUCACGUUAUCUCACCAGAAUCGACCACUGGAACAACGAGAAGGAGCGUCUUGUUCUUAUCACGGAUUGGUCCCUCCUGAUCUGCAAGUACAACUUCAUCAGCCUGCAGUGCCAGCAGGUGACCAGGGUUUCCCUCGGCGCCGUCGAUACCAUCUCUGUGGGAGAGUUUGAGUUCCCACCUAAAUCCCUCAACAGGCGAGAAGGUGUCGGCAUCCGCAUUCAGUGGGACAAGCAGAGUCGGGCCUCCUUCAUAAACAGAUGGAACCCGUGGUCCACGAACAUCCCGUACGUCACCUUCACCGAACACCCAAUGGCAGACGCUGACGAGAAGGUGGCGGCCCUUUGCCUAAUGGAAAACUUUAAAACUCACCUCAUUCAAGCUGUGAAGAAAGCCCAUAAGGAGUGUCCAUUGCCGGGGAGGGCCAACGGCGUGCUAGUGCUGGAGCGUCCUCUUCUGAUCGAGACUUACCUGGGAUUGAUGUCCUUCAUCAACAACGAGGCCAAGCUGGGCUACUCCAUGACAAGGGGCAAAAUUGGAUUUUAAAUUUCAUUGCAUUUUAAAAUUCAUUCCAUUUAAUCUUUUCGAGGGAAGGUGAUUUGAUCACGGUCCCCUGGGGAGAGCACGCUGUGUGGCAGAACGCUCGAUAAUCAAAGCGAGGGAGUUCGGGGGAACCGAGGGGUGGUCGUAGGUCUGGCGGUUCACGGGGGGCCCUGGCUGGGUCAGAUCAAUCUGAAGCAGACACAGGUACUGUCAUUCACCUGGCUUGUAUCUAAUUUACAGCUUUUCCCGGUUCUUGGUGGCGUUUUCCAUUUCUAACUACGUGUUCUUCCCUGUUCAUGAAGUGCGAUUGGCGUCUGCUACAAACACUCCGCACAAGCGUCCAGGACAGAGCAGACCGUUGGUGCUCCCUUACACUCCCGGCCCUAGAGAUGGUGUCAAAUCACGUCGUGUGCUUGGGAUUGAUUUGUAUUGUUUAAAGAGGCGUUAGUGUUCACAAUUACAGUAAUCUUUGCAUUUUGAUUAGUGCCUGUUCAGAAUUUUGAAAGCUGUGUCAGUCAUUCUUUAGCAAAACAGAGUCAGCAAAUGUUGCCCAAGCUGUGCUGUUUCGUCUGCUCAGAAGCACGUGAGCUAUUUGUAAACUGAACUAUAUGGCUGAAUAUACAUUUAUUAGCUUUUUACCUCCCUCUAAGAACCGAGCCUAACUUACUAGUUUCUUAUGUAUGCAUUCUAUGGCUGCAGCAAGAAAAAAAGCCUUGAGAGAAUAUUGCCAAAGGCCUCACAAACACAUUUGCCUUCAAAGCUACUAUUUAUAAAACUGAAUAGGAAUUCUAUUUUGAUUAGAUUUAUAUUCUUAAGCAAUUUUGUUUAAAUCUAUAGUUUGGGACAGCAGCAGUGCAGAACUUAACGGAGACAGAGAAAAUUUGAAGCCCUGAACGUCAGUCUUAAUUACAUAUCCUUGCACCAGAUCUCACCAAAGGUCCAGUGAGGAAACUCAGAAGCAGCGUCAGAGACACAACAAGUGAAAUGAGGUGACUCUGACAAGCUUUGCCAUGGAGUAUGACUUACACACGCCGUUUUAUCAGAGCCCUGAUCCGUGCAACUACAGUGCCGAAGGAACGCUGUGCCGCUGCGGUUCUUAUCGAACUUAAAGUAGAUGUGUGUUUAGGAAACUUAGGAUGGAAUGCAGCAGUUUGCAUGCCCCUCUCAAUGCAUUUUUUAAGAUGUCUAUUUUCAUUAAUCUUGCAGUAAAGUUAAAUUUCAAC